AUGGCAUUCUUUCUUUCCAGACUGCUGUCCAACGACAUUGGUAUUGAUCUGGGUACGGCCAAUACCCUGGUUUAUGUCAAAGGACAGAAUAUCGUGGUAGAUGAGCCUUCGGUGGUGGCGCUGGAUCGCAAUUCCCACAAACCGCUGGCCAUCGGCUCUCACGCCAAGCAGAUGAUGGGGCGCCAGAACCCGGAUAUUGAGGUGAUACGUCCACUUCGGAACGGAGUAAUUGCCGAUUUCGAUGUGACCGAAGAGAUGCUUCGGCAUUUCAUUCGAAAGGUACAAAAAAACAGGCUUCUCGUACGCCCGCGAAUCGUGAUAUGCGUGCCUUCGGGGGUGACCGCCGUCGAAAUGCGCGCCGUCCGGGAGUCCGCGGAGCGUGCGGGCGCCCGUGAGGUGUAUAUCAUCAAGGAACCCAUGGCGGCAGCCAUAGGGAUCGGCCUGCCCGUGGAAGAGGCAGUGGGGUCCAUGGUGAUUGACAUCGGAGGCGGUACCACCGAAAUCGCGGUGAUUGCCCUGUCGGGCAUCGUGACCUCGAGGUCGAUCAAAAUAGCGGGAGAUGGGAUGAACCAGGCAAUUAUCACGAUGCUUAGACGCAAACACAAUCUUCUGGUUGGAGAACGGAGCGCGGAGCAGAUCAAAUGUGAAAUCGGUUCUGCCGGGAAACUGGAUAGCGAAUUCCAGCAUCCUUGCCGCGGUUUGGAUACGGUCAGCUUUAUCCCGAAAACCAUUAUCGUCGAUUCGGUCGAAAUUCGGGAGGCUCUCAAUGGGACGGUGAAUUCCAUUCUGGAAGCGGUGCGCCAGACCCUGGAGCAUACACCGCCUGAACUCGCUGCCGAUAUUCUCGAUCGUGGCAUCAUUAUGACGGGUGGCGGUGCAUUGCUGCGCGGGUUGGACCACAGGCUGAUGGAGGAAACCGGCUUGCCGGUGAUCGUGGCAGACGACCCGCUCACCUGUGUUGUCCGCGGCACCGGGCGCGUUCUUGAAAAUAUCGACCAGUAUCAGAAGUUGCUAUUGUAA